AUUACCCUUUCACACUGUGGAAGCUUUGAUAAAACGAAUUAGGCUACUUGCAUAUAUGUUUUCAAAUCUAAUAGCUGCAGCCCUGCAUCAGUUUUCUCUCACAUUUGAAUUUUGAAUAUAUUAUAAAAAAUGCGCAGUUUGGAUUUUCAUUGAGCACCCACUGGUUCUUUUGUGAUGAAUGAUGAUACUUAGUCACUAAUUUCUGGCAUCUUUGACCAAGAUGAAUCUAACCCUUCAAGCAUAUAUUAUUGAACUGAAGUAGAGCUUCUUUAGACAUUGGUAUUAUUCAAUGUUGACGUGCAUAUGUUUUACAUUUUUGUGCUUAGAAGUAUCUUUCUGAAUGCUUUGACUAAAGCUAGUGAUAGGAUUAUUAUUUAGAAAGUUUGACCUUUCUCCGGCUUCUUCAAUCACUCGUUACGAGAGAUAGUGGUGUAGCAUUGAAGGUGCCAUGCUUAUAUAUCUGUGUUUGAUGUCUAAACAAUAGACCCUACUCCUCUAGCGGAGCACAUAUUCUUUUUUAAGGUAUGGAGUUCAUUAAUACUUCCUUUUUGUAUGGAUGCACUCACAAUUGCAUUAAUAUGUCCAUAAAUUAUAUUUAGCUUCGAAUCAUAUAAAUGUUUAGUUAAAGAUUUUUGCCUCUGCCCAGUUCAACUGAUGUUGGACUGGGCCUGUAUUCACCGAAUCCUUUUUGUGCAGAUUAUUAACCCUUGCAAAGAGUUGCAUGAAUAAUAUUUUUAGAAGAUCUGUUACUGGAAGGUGCAAUAUUAUAAUUGUUUACCGGGAUGUUAUACCGCUGACUUUUGUGAUGCCAAGUUAUGGUCAUGGAAGCAUUGGGCCUUUAGAUGCAAGACUGAAGUUUUUGUCUGAGCUGCUGGCGGAUAAGGCACCAUGUGCAUAUGCUGAGGAAUCUUUUAUGGGCAACUUCAAAACACGACGUAUACCUCAUGCAAAACUACUCGGUGAUGCAUUGGUCGCCCCUUCUCAAGAGGGGUAAAGAAGUUCUGAAUGUCGCCAAACCUAUCGUACCUUCGCUGAAAUAUCCCGGAUGUUUAGCACAGCCUCUUUCGAGGGUUCAGAUAAGUACUUUAACAGUGAAGGACAAUUUAAUGGUGGCCGGGGGUUUCCAAGGCGAGCUCAUCUGCAAGUAUCUAGACAAGCCCGGAGUUGCAUUCUCGACGAAAUUAUCCACCGAUGAAAAUGCAAUCACAAAUGCUGUGGACAUAUAUCGCAACCCUAGUGGUGCACUGAGGGUAAUGACAGCUAACAACGACGCCCAAGUCAGGGUUAUGGAUGCCGCAAAUUUCACUUGCCUAAAUCGAUUCGCCUAUCCGUGGUCUGUCAACAACACAUCGGUGAGCCCCGACGGAAAAAUGCUUGCUGUUCUCGGCGACAGUGCCGACUGUUUGAUGGCUGACGCCCAAUCAGGAAAGGCUAUAGGCAGCCUAAAGGGUCACUUGGACUACUCCUUCGCAUCCGCAUGGCAUCCCGACAGCCGAAUUCUCGCCACCGGGAAUCAGGACACGACAUGCAGAUUGUGGGACAUCAGAAAUCUUUCGGAGUCGGUGACCAUACUCAAAGGAAGGAUGGGCGCAAUCCGGGCCAUAAGGUUCACUUCGGACGGUCGAUUCUUGGCCAUGGCCGAACCGGCCGACUUCAUCCACAUCUUCAAUACCCAAUCCGAUUACGCCAAGGGGCAAGAAAUCGACCUGUUUGGGGAGAUCGCCGGAAUAUCGUUUAGCCCCGACACGGAGGCAUUGUUUGUCGGCGUCGCCGACAGGGUGUACGGCAGCUUGCUGGAGUUCAACCGGAGACGCCACGAGCACCGGUAUUUAGACUGCCUGUGUUAAAAAUCUGCAGUAAGUGAAAAAGUGCAAAUGGCUCUUCUGUUUCUGUGUAUAAUAUGUUUUCAUGGUUUUUUGUCUGUUAACUUAUAUGAAAUGGGAAGAUUUGACUUGUUUUGAUGAUAGUCCUUUCUUUCUCGUACUUACACUUUCUCUUCUCAUUUGUUUGUAUGUAUGUAUGUAAGAAUGAGGGAAAAUUUUGCAGCUUCGAGUUUUAAUUUAGUAGUUUGUAGAUCCGUGUGGUGUAGUCAUUUUAAUUAGCAGUUUGUAGAUCCCUGUGUUGAUGUAAAUUGAAAAUACAUUUUUCGAUUUUAAUAUAUAUAUAUAUAUUUUUAUGAUGUGAAAAA